GUGCAGUGACCAGUGACCACUGGCUAAAGAAGCAAGUUAAAGCUAAAAUAACUAGCAUACCGUCCGACGUGAUAUCUGUCGCUUUGAAGGAUGAAAGCUCUGGAUGAGAACUUUUUCUACUCAACUUCUAGAUUAAUCAAUGGGAACCUGGAGAAGGAGAAACAGUUUUUGGCUGAAGAGCAGAAGCUGUGCAGAGCGAGGGCGCGCAAGUUCUUCCUGGAAACCCAACGGCGCAAGAAGGCAUUGGAGGAGAGACGGAAACAAUGGGAUGUCCAUGAGCAGCGCAUAAGAGAAAAUGCACUACAGCAGCGAAGACAGAAAGUACAAGAGGCUACAGAGCGCUUUCAAAGAGCACAUCUACCUCUCUCUCAAAGGCGCAGACAAUCUACUAAAAAGAAUGUCCCAACUCUAGAAGAUGCACUUAACCACAUCCGAGGAAGCUUACAUUCUGAUAACAGUCAGUCCUCUUUUGCAUCCAUAAGCAGAAGUCACACUCCGUCUCCCAAAACAACCUCAAAAGGGAAAUCCUCCCCUUGGCAUGCCCUGUCUGCAAUGGAGGCCUACACCGAACUGUUUCAGGAAAAAAGUUUUGUUUCACUUAGAAACAAUCCAAACACACGUGAAAUCCAGGAGAAACCAAAUGACAGCAGUCCACGGGACUCCCUUUCUGACUCCAUUAAUUCUGAAAGCAUCUUCAGUAAGGACAGCCUGGAUUCUGAGGAACCAAAGAAUGGGACUAAAUAUCUUCACUCUUUGUCUCCAGCCUUUUUACUUGACACAGACAAGUGCCUUUCGGACUUCAAGAAGCACUUUCAGCCACCAGCCUAUCCAACAGAAACACUAAUGGGUGAUACGUUGGCCCAAUCAAGAAAACUGCAUGAGCUAAAACUGAAAAAGCAAAUAGAUUAUGAACAGCUGAAAAAUAAGAAUGCCAUUAGUAACUGUUCAUGGGGGAUAGUAAAAAAUGAGAAAGCAUUGAAAAUUGACAGCACUGACCACUGUAGUGUUAAGUCUACCAAAAAUAGUACAAAUGACUCUCUUAUUGUUUUAAGCAGCACCCCCCACACUAACACAGAACCUGACACCCCCUCUCUCAAACAAGAGUCUGUGCUGGACCUGAGACAACCCAAGGCCAAUGAUGACAGACAAGUCAAACAUCCACCCGCUACAGAAAUCCUUUUGCCUACCAAAAAUGGCAACAGCACUGACUAUUUAUUUGGGGCUUCCAAGCCAAAUGUUGUUUUAAAUAAUUGCACAAUGGAUUACACUUGUCAAGAGGGAGCGCUUGAGCAAGCAGGAAAAGACAACCUCUGUGUCUCCUCCCGGAAAGAGUUGAGUGCCUCCAUAAACAACCUCAACAAGACUUCAGAUGCAGAUGACAAAGCGAAGAAGAAAAAAAUUAACACAGAGUUGAUUCACCAUCCAUGCCUUAACACACAUCAGCCCAAUUCUUUUAAAUGCCUCAAAUGUUGUGAAAAGGAGGAGCUAUUGUCACCAUUGUCCUCAGAAACCUCUCAGAGAAUACGCAGGGUCCAAUUUAUCAAAGGAAUCUUAAAAAAGCAAUCCAAAUAUAUGUCAGGGGAUGCUGCUUGCGUGUGCAGUUCUGGACAGCAGCUGACCCUUACAAAACAAGUAGCUUUAGCAAUCCGGGAUAGCGUCGAACUGACCAGAGCCAAGAACAGGGACUUGGAAAACAACACUGCUGUCAAAAAGAAACUGCGUUGGUUUGACGAGGUGCAUGUGGACAGUGAAGACAAAGGGCAGAACACCAUUAAACAAAUACGCAGCAAGUCUUCCAGUCUGUUGUACUCUAAAAACAAUUCAGAGGACCACCAACUUGGCGUCACCACUGUCUUAGGGGCCAUCAAGACGGGGCCUAGUAUGACCCAUGCAGUCCCCAAUGGUUAUCACUUUACACGGCACGCAUGGGCAGAUGUUGGGGUCCAAGUCAGCCUGCCUCAGCAACAUGGAGAUGAGGUCAAGGUGCAGCAGAGGAACAACAAGAGCAGCGGCCUUAAAGCCAGUACGAAAGAGCGCACUGAAGCGGCUCCUGUUUCCUCAAGGACCAGAAAGGGCAUUCACAUACGACCCCAGUCUGCCACAGAGGUGAGUCAGAUUGCCAGGGCCCAUGGGAGACUGGUGAUGCCUCGUCCGCCUCCUCCCCGGACAGAGGCGACAGAAGAGCAGAAGGGGCUGUUCGUCACUGCUCCAUAUGGCACCGAUCAUGCUAAAAUCAGCAGACCAACAGAAGAACAUGGCUUACAACGGGAAGGGCCUGAGACAUGUUACCCUGUGUAUACAAAUGAAUACAGGACAGAUCAUGGUUUUCAUCCACCAUCGUAUACAUGUACAAACCCAGAAAGCAACACCAAAUCCAAUCCCAGGUUCAGUCAUCACGACACAAGAGCAGGGAUGGGGCACAGUGAAAAAAGCUCUCGUUUGAAGUGCACCCCCACAGAGGAAGAGAUCUCAGAGCUCUGGUUGGGAGUCCGCACUGCCCUGGCAACUAAAGACGCGCAAACAGCUCUGAGGCGGCAGGUUGUGGACAGUGCACUCAGUGGACGGAAAAAUUCAGCAACUUCGGGCGUAAGAAAGCUGUCUUACUCCACUCAGCCAACCAAUCAGAAGCCUGACUCAGAUAAACAACCUGCCUUUUCUGAUGGAGACUUGCUCCACUUUGGUCACUUGAGUAAAGAUGAAAUUCCGACUGAUGGUCAGCAGAGUUGGGUGGACACUAAAGACCCACAGAGGCAUAAAGCACUGCACCAAAGACACCAACAAGGAGUCACCACCAUUUCAAUGGAAGAAGAAAGAAUCCUCCAAUCCCUGGACAGACUGAACCACCGGCUGCACUGUGUGCGGGAACAACAUCCUGAGGGUCACAGUUUUAUUGGCUUUCAAAAUCCAUAUACAACAGACCUCAAUGCCACAAGUCAUCAAAAGCUCCAAGCUGCUGCAUAUCAGUCUCAGUAUCGGAAGAGAGUGUGACUUUCUUCUAGCACUUCAUCAAAUCUCUUAGGCAAACCCAC